GGUUAAUAUUACGCUGUCGGUCAGCUGCGAGUGUGCACAUUCCUAUGUGCCAGCACUGGGCGAGAUCAUGCUAGUCGUGGAUCAUCUGUUUGAUCGUAUGUAUCAUAAGAGCUCGUUCUACAGCAAGUAUGUGAUAUUAAGAAGAAUAAGAAGAUCCUAGAGUCUUCUUGUUGUUCUUGGGCGAAUACUGUUAAUUAAAUGGCCCAGUUGCAGUUAGAAUUACUAAGUGCAAAUGCAAUCAAGAAGAAUAUUAAGAUUUUCGACAUCAUAGUUCAUCAUUUUGUCUGGUCAUAAAAAAAAUCAUCAAGACGAUGAGUGCUGCAUCUCCGGCACGUCACUCCUCGUCAUCUGAGGAUGAGGCCAUGGAUGACAUGAAGUGCGCAUCUGACUCAUCCUGGAUCACCACCGAUCUUUCAUCAAAGUCGUCCGGGAACGUGCGUCGAGUCCCCGAAAAAACUCACCGCGGACGAUGGAUUGGGUAUUGUUGGUGUUCUUGCUUGUGUUUUUUAUGGAACAAAUCAAGCUCUAUCAGAUUUUGCAUAUCAUGUGAAGCUGAGCAGGGAAGAUGCCGAGAUUUACUAACGUAUUUUCUUUUUCAGCACGGAAACCAACUGCCUGUGUUCAAACCGCGCUCAAUACUGGUCAGCAUUUCUCUUGAAUAACAAUGGGUUUUUAGUAGGCGAGGAUAUUACUAAUUCUUUCCUUACUUCCUUUGAAUAAAUGAAUCAGAUUAACGGGACUCUUCCUUCUGGUUGGUGUUGGAGUGGUGGCUCUGAUGCUCAGUUUGAGGCCUUCCUCCGACAGUGACGCGGGAGCCGGUGGGCCCGGCACGUUACCGAUUUCCACCCCCACAGGUCAACGUGGAACUGGAGGAAAGUCCAACAAAUUUCUGAAAACAAGCAGAGUAUCACGACAAAGUGGCGGCUCGUCAGGUGCUUCCUCGCCGUCGUCAGCUUCAGGCCGAACGAGCGCUGGGUCGGUUACACUGGCCAUAGAAAAUAAAGUUACUCGUGAAAAUGUACAAGAAGCAGGCGCACCUGCUCGAGAUCAAAUGCAAGACGAGGGCGAGGAGCAACUUCGCCGUAGAAGCAAUGUAAACGCUAUCACGGUCGAUAGGGCUCCUGCUGAGAACAGCACGACACAAAAAGCAGUAGAAGAGGGGGAGGACGGGAUUCAAAGGGCUUAUCUAGUAGCGAGCCAACAACUCCAAGAAGAGCCCCACUCACCAGAACCAGAUUAUGCCGUUUCUUCGCGAUCAGUGUCUGUAGGAGGUGGUUCGGCUCCUAGUCGGGAUGAAAAUGCUUCGCCCGCGCCGAAUCCACAAACACCCUCGCGUAUGCCUCCUUUCACGGCAUCUCAAAAAGAUGAUGACACGAGGAAGCCACCUAGUAACACUCCUUUCCUGGCAAAAACGGAAGAAAGCCAGACAUCACCUCGCACGCCUACGCAAUUGGAUGAUACUACUGUUGCGCUCGCAGUAACUUCUAGCAGCGCUGAGGACAUGGCCAAAACGUCGCAAAAAGAUAUUGGCGACAAAUCCUCUGAAGGCGAUAGCGGUAGUCCCGGUUCGCAACAAAGGGAACCUAGACCGCGCGACCCUGCCAGAUGUAGAAGCGCUAGUCGUGGGCGUUCAAGACACCGAGUGCGAGAUGAUGUGUCCGACGAUGCUGCGGAGGGGGAUAAAGUUAAAGAAGGGACUACGACUACUGAUGGUGAUGCCAGUACAUCUUUCUCAUCAUCUUCAAAUCCUGCACCUACUAGUAGUAGUAACAUGAGGGCUCCGACGAGUGGUCCCACGACCACGAGAAAAGAUCCCGCUGCAGCUACAGCAAGCAGAAACACGACUGAGGGGGAGUUGCCUCAGGGAAUGAGAAGUAGCCAUCAUGUUGAUAGCACAACUGAUGUGACAACGGCAAAUCGUGGUCGUUCAAGCGUACCAGUGCAACAAAUGAUAGCGGCUCUUGCUUCGACUCUCAAUAACCAAGGAGGAGCAGGUAGAUGCUUCAAGACUUCCUGCUUUCUCUCGUAGAAGAUGUAGUUGAAUUGCUGUAUCGUUCUCAUGUUCCUUUCUCUCAGAUUGAUCGUGAACAUGAUGUGUCAUCUCGAGAACCGCAUUUUCUGCUAUGACUCCCAUUUUCGUCCAACAAGAUGAUUCUCAUGGCAGGUGAAAUAGACGCCCUAGCAAGACGUUUUAGUCGUUCGCGAAGCGGAAGCCGGACACGAAUACAAGAGGUGCAGAAAAGACUAGCUGAACAAGGACAAGUAGAUCUAUCACUCUCCAUGCAACCUUCUAGUACGGCUUCUGCGAAAGAGGUGCAAGAGCUGAUUGUGGCCGCGAAAGAAACGAUUCCGGCAUUGGACGAGCGCAUUCAUGAGUACAAGCGGGAAAGAGAAGUAGCACGCUAUACUGUACCACCGGGAUGGGGCUUACGCUACAGCUGGCCUUAUUCGGGCAGACCAUUUGGUAUUUUCUUUGAGAAAACUACUCACUCUAGUUAAUGCACCAGCAGAGUUUCUGUUUCCAUUCGAUUUGAAAACUUGUGGUUGUUAUCAAUUAAAAACUUGCAGCAUCGAUGUCGAUCGCCGAAAGGUGUUCCAAUUUCCCUCGAAAGCCACGCUGUCCACUGAGCAGGUUCCUUGCAUUUCGGGCAGCGUUCGAGUGCGCAGCCGCUGCUAGGCGAUUCUGACGAGCAGGUGGACGCAACCGUGGAGAGCCAUGAAGCGUGGAAAAUCAGAAAGCUAAAGCUGGACAGCAUAGUGCAACCGGUGGCAGCGCCCUAUCAAGCGACUGUGCUGCGUCGCACCUACGAGGCACCGCCUCCAGAAAGUGAACUAAUCUUGGAUGCGAAUGAAAUCCAGGAGCUGACACGAGCACUAGAGGAAAAGUCAGCUGCCUUGCUGCUGGAAAAAUCAAGGAGGACUAAUAAGAGGUGGACAAAGUCAAAUAAGCAGCAGGGUGAGAAAAAUAUAGUCGCUGGUCGUGCGUGGUCUCGGUCAACGCUUGAUUCUUCCUCUGGCAAUCCAGGAAGCACGUCAAUGGGGGAUGAUGAUCAGGAGACUAGUACACCUAGCACAUCUGCAUCCACAGCACGAGGAGGAGCAAGAACUGGGACUACACCACUAUCUCGCUUGCCUUCGGUUGACGUCGCGCCGCUUUUACCGACGCCGCCUCCCGGAUCGCCGGCUGCAGAAGGCGCUUUCCUUGUAACAACACCAACGAUCAUGAAGGGUAGAGAAAUUGUGCAUGACCUGCAGGUAGAAGCAGGGGAUGACGAUGAGCCACCAGCAGAAGAUUGGAAAUAUAGUGACGAACAUUUAGAAGUAGUGGGUAACCACGAGGUUUUAACGAGCAAGAACAAAAAGAACAUGGGUGAGGGAGUAGAUGGACUAGAUCAGGCCCCGGAAAAACUCCCUAAUCAGGACCAAGAGCAAGGAGACAAGGAACAGUUGGCUGCGAUGGUUGCAUUGUUAAAUUAAGGUUACAAGAAAAGGAAAUCCAUCUUCGCAGGCAUCUUGGUCCAGUUUUUGCAAGGGAAAAGGUGACCCAAGACGUUGCUGAAGAUGGGUUUCCCUUAGUUCUAAUUAAAACAGCAGAUAGCCUUGCGGCAAAGGUUGCUGGAAAAGUUCAAGGUGGCUAGCGCGGAAGGUUGGCGUCAAAUCGGUGCACAGCCGCCUCCCGGGAUCGGCCUGUGGUUCGCCGCGACUCGCAACAAGAACGUCGGUAGUGAGGCGGUUGAGGAAGGAAAUCCAUCUGGGCCUGACAGAGGCAGCGACGCUAUUCCGGAUGCAGCUGCGGAUGCAUCAUCUUCUGUAGGUGAAGACAAUCAUAAUCGAACAGUUUCGGACAACACAAAAAGUCACGACGACCUCACAGAAAAGAAUGCCAUUGCAACAGCAGUUUCCGCGGGCAACACGCAAGUGAAUCGAGCCAAGCCGAUGCCGAGGCAAACACCAGGACUAGGUGAGGAUACAGCCAACGACGUUGAUGAUUUGUUCGCUCGAAAUCGAAUUCCAAAAUUAUAAUGCGUGCAGAUAUCUACUUCUUCUACCUCUUAUCGAAGAAAUCAUAGGUCGACCGGAUUAUAUCGCAUGUUGUUGACCAGUGUAACAAUUAUGACAGACUUUUUGAUUGAAAUUGAUAUCAUACGAUGAGAAUAUAGCUGAUUACUACUUUCACGAUUCUCCUUCCUUCUUCGCGCUCUCCUGUGACGUCAACGUCGUUUGACGGCUGCCUUGUUGCGCAGCAUCGUUCACGCUGACUUGCGAGGAUGGGGGAAUCCACGUCUACUUCUCACAUGUCCACCUUCUCACUAUUGGUAUUGCUCCAAGAAGAAAUCAUUAACUUUAUCCCAAUCCCACAAAUAUCCCAAUCCCCGCGAAAGCUUUUCAGAGAUGAAUCUACUUGAUCCUCCUUCGUCACUUUUUCUCAGCCGCGAAUCGCCCCCCUCCUCUUCCUGAAUAUGUUAUCGCACUUGCCGUGGAAAUGAAUUGCCAUUGCGCGUACGCCCACCUAUGUCAGAUAGAUUAUCUCGCCGAUUUAUUAGUAAACGUAAAGUAAUCUGUUCUUAAUAUUUUUUCCACCAAAUCACUUUCACAAUCUUCACAUCAACGUAGAAUUUCCCAGUCGUGAUUACACCCUGUGAUAACCAUAUGUCUUGUACUUAUCACUAUCAGACCGUCUGACGGUGUAGUAAAAUAUAUAGUGUUGCUGUUCAUCAAAAAUCAGGAUCUUUCUUCCAGCGGCAGUAGUGCUGGACAUCAUCAGGUGGAUAUUACUUGGCGAGGAUGUGGUUGUUUUACGCUAAGUGACCACUCGUCCGGUUCGCAUUGAUUCAUUUAAUAUUUUCCAUCCUUUUAUUAAACAUCUAAGCACAUCGAGAAUCUUGCAGAUUCUAGAUCUGUGGAAUGACAUCACAGUUUCACAUGGUUGUCCGGCGUAGUGGAAGUUCUACAACGCAUUCAUCUGGAGCCUGCAAAAACACACAACGCUUACCAAAAGCAGUAGGCAUAACGAGAGAAGGCAACUAGUAGCUGUAGCACUCAUCUUCUGUGUUUAAACGAACAGGCAAAUAUUUUUACCAAAUAGAAAGGUCGUACUUCUUAGAAGAAUUAUUGAAGUUGAUCAUCCUCAUGAUCUCAGCUGUCUGGCGAAUGCCAAUAACAAUAAUGCGGCAUUUUCCCAACAUUUUUGGACUUAUAUGUUGCUGGUGUUGAAAGAUUGAUAAUAUAGUGAGUGGGAACAGCUUUUUUGAAAUUAUACACCGACAAGCAGGUCUGAGCCGAGUCUUCUACAAUUCUCUGAUGAUGUAGUGGGUGUAUCGUGUAGAAGUGCUGGCAU